AUGGGGCUGGAUGCGCUCGUGUGGCUGAAGCGGCUGGAGCUGACGGGAUGUCGGCAGCUGAGUGAAGCCCCUGCUGGUCUGCCCCCCUCUCUUGAGACCCUCUGCUUGGGGCCCUUCAGGGAAGGCUCUUCCCUUGUUGUGGAUAUUUCCAAGCUGUCACAGCUGAGGGUGCUGAAGCUGAAGUGCGUUGGGGUUGUAUGUGGGCAUGCAGCGGCCGAGAGGUUGUUGGUCCUGGGACAGCAGGGGCCGAUUCAGCAGCUGGAGCAGGAGUUUGAAGGAGUAAGCCUGAAUCAGCUGGAGGAGCUCGAGAUGCGUCUCGAAGGAAUGAGUCAGGAAUUCCUGCUUCCCUCAAAUGUUCUUCCUCACCUGCGCAGCUUGCUCAUAGACGCGCCGGGAAUCCGCAGCCUCCCGGUAAACAUGGCAGCAGCGGUGCCAGAGUUACGGCAGCUGAAGCUUCUUUCAUGGGCGCCGGAAGAGCUGCCACGCGUCAUACUAGAGCUCUCAAAGCUGACGUCAUUGACCGUCCAUGCACCACAGCUCACUUCACUACCUGAGGGCGUGAGCUGCUUGUCCCAGCUGCGCAAAGUGGAGUUGAUUCGCUGCACCGCCUUGCAGCACUUCCCUGAGAGCCUCACCCACGUGCAGCAGCUGGUGCUGCUGCAGGACACCUCCCUCCCCUCCCUUCCUGCGGGUCUGGCAGCAUGCAUUGCCUCAUUUCAGCCUUCAUCUUCCUUCGUCUUCCCUGCCCUGCCUUGUCUUGCCUGCCCCUGCCUUGUCUUGCCUGCCCCUGCCUUGUCUUGCCUGCCCCUGCCUUGUCUCGCCUGCCCCUGCCUUGUCUUGCCUGCCCCUGCCUUGUCUUGCCUGCCCCUGCCUUGUCUCGCCUGCCCCUGCCUUGUCUUGCCUGCCCCUGCCUUGUCUUGCCUGCCCCUGCCUUGUCUUGCCUGCCCCUGCCUUGUCUCGCCUGCCCCUGCCUUGUCUUGCCUGCCCCUGCCUUGUCUUGCCUGCCCCUGCCUUGUCUUGCCUGCCCCUGCCUUGUCUUGCCUGCCCCUGCCUUGUCUUGCCUGCCCCUGCCUUGUCUUGCCUGCCCCUGCCUUGUCUUGCCUGCCCCUGCCUUGUCUUGCCUGCCCCUGCCUGCCCCGCCUGUCAUCACCUCUCCCUCUCUGCACGCCCGAUUCAACCGGUGCACAGUGCCAAGAUCACCACUCUCGUCACUGCCUCCCACUCUUGGCGGUUUCUCCACUUUUCAGCUUUCAUCAUCCUCGCUCUCCGCAUCAGCGAGUAUCUCCAGCUGCUCAAUGA